AUGGCAGAUGUUGACGGCGAGACGCUACAAGUCUCCGGUCAGCCGGCGGGGGAAUCUCGGAGCAGUGCCGGCGCUGGCACUGCUCCACAGUCGGCUUCCGCAUAUCUGAACCCUAGUUACUGGUUAGAAAGCUCCUCGUUUCCUUCCUCCUUACAAUCCCAGUGGUAUGUGUGCCUUCCUUCAUUGCUUCAAGCGUUCAAGUUUUUCAGGGACGAGAGAUUCGCAGAGGAGGAGCACUACGAGUGGCUCAAGGACUACUCCCACUUCCGGCACCUCGUCCGCCGCCAUGUCCGCCCCUUUCACUCCGUGAGUGCCCACCGGAUCUUUCUCUUCGUCUUCGUCAUCUUCUUCUCUUUUCUCCAAUCGGACGCGUGUGGUCCUAUGCAUGCAAAGUGCCUGUCGAUAUGACUAUGAAUGGAAGGUCCUGGAGGUCGGGUGCGGCAGCUCCCGGCUAUCCGAAGCUUUGCUGGAGGACGGGGUUUCCGACAUCACCAGCUGCGAUAUCUCAGAAGUCGCCGUCGAAAUGAUGCGGAAGCGCCUCCAAGGCAAGGGUUUGAAAGGUGUGGACUCCUCUCUAAUUGGCGAUGCCUCCGGGGCAGCGCUUGGUCUGAGCCGCUGUCUCUCCCACCCAUAAUAGUAUGCGAAUGAGGUUUCAGGGAUGAUCCUGGACGAAAUCGCCUUAGUGAACCUGCCUUCUAUUAGGUUUUUCGAUGUUCUUAGGGAAUAAAUAUGGCUGAACAUGAACUUAGACGAAAGUGGAAAAAAAGAUUAUCGCUUUAUUGUUGAGAUCUUUUCCAUAAACUUGCAUCACAUCGUGUUCUGGUAGGGUAUUGUAGUGAGAUUUCAGAAUCGAGGGACUCAAAACUGAUGAAGCAUGAGAGCCCAUAAUUUCUGCAUUCACAUUGAGUGACAAUUCUUUGCCUAAAUAUAUUUUUCUUUCUGGAUUUCUUCCUCUCUACCAGGAAUCAAGGUGCUUGUGGCUGACAUGCUCAGCCUCCCCUUCGACGAUGAUUGCUUUGACAUAGUGAUCGAGAAAGGAACAAUGGUGAGCUAAGCCUUCUCUAAAAGUUCAGAGCCGCGGUCGAUCAUCCGACCUACAACUUCUCGGCGACGAUUUCAGACAUCGUUACGAUAUUCAUUCCACAUAACUUUGAAUGUCAAGGAUGUGCUGUUCGUGGACAGCGGCGACCCGUGGAAUCCACGGCUCGAAACUGUGGACAAGGUGAAGGCCAUGCUGGAGGGUGUCCACAGAGUGCUCAAGCCAAAUGGGACCUUCAUCUCUAUUUCAUUUGGGCAGGUACCCAUGAAUUCCUGGCAAAAAAAUUUCAUGCCGAGUCCCCGAUCUUCCUGUUGAGGACAUAAACCAUGGCUUGUUCCUCCCGCAGCCGCAUUUCAGGCGUCGCUUCUUUGAAGACCCAGAGCUGACCUGGUCCUUUGAAUAUGAAACUUUCGGGGAGGAAUUCCAUUAUUUCUUCUACGUCCUGAAGAAGGUUUGCUUCGAUGGUUCCAUGGGUUUCACCAGCUUCCCGGACACUUGAUAAAAAACGCUUUCCCUCGGUCACUAUCUGCGCGAACAAUGAGAAAUGCUUCUUCUUGUUCAGAAUUCACUAUUGGCUUUUAAGUGCUUAUUCAGUGCUGCUCGUGGUUCAUGGGUUCGAUUUCAGGGCCAGAGGGCGUCAGAUGAAACUAAUCGCGAUAGCGGUGAGGAAUUCAUUCCGCCGCCCAUUCAAUAUCUCCAUGAGGAGUUGGAGGACGAGGACUUCAUCUUCCGAACGAGCGUCGACGAACUGAACGCAUGA